CCCGCUGCUGGCGGCCACAGGGCGGCUGCACCGGGAGGUGCGUGUCCGGCCCAAGACGGGAGCCCCAGGCCAGGGAGGGGCAGAGGCUGGGCCUGAGGCCUGGGCCGGCCACUGGGCUAGUGCUCGGUUCCUGCCGGAAGGAUGAAGACUCCUCUUUUAAGGAUGACAACGUGCAGGAAAGGCCCGUCAACUGAUCUCCCCUACUGUGGGCCCACAGCACCUCUCAAACCCCAUACUACCCACACUCACUGCCUGGCCUGUGUCCCUACCUCUUCGCUGAGAUCUUUCCUCACUCUACUCUUCCACAGGACAGGGACUUAGCCAGAAAGAGUCCCCUUUCAGUCUGCGCCAGUAUUUCUUUCCCUGUCGGUAACCUGUCCGCAGGCCCAUCCAACCAUCAUUGUCCCCAGCCUGACAUCCUUUCUCACCCUCUUCCCAUCACCCCUGAGGACCCUCUGCCUCUCCACCGCACCCCCAGCCUCCUUUGUCUUGGUUGCCUGGUCAUGACUGCCUCCCUGUCCCCUCCCACACCCAUUUGCCCACCAGCCUCCCAACCACCCACCAGCCUCCCAACCACCCCAGCACCCUCCUUCCUAAUCUUGGGAGGCAUCUUGUCUGGCUGAACUGGAGAAUUCCGGGAUCUAGGCCAUACUCCUUAGCUGACAGCCCCAUCCUUGGGAGGAGGGGAAGAACUGGGGUGGGGGUGAUGGGAACAAGGUCAGGCCAGGAGGCCCCUGAGGACAGAGACUGUGAGGAGACUGGGACUGAGGGGAAAGCAAAGGAACUAGAGCCAGGGCCAAAGGAAGAGGGGGGCCAGCAGGAGGUAUUUGCGGGGGAGGUUCAGCAGCUGUCUUUCCUAAGACAGGGACACAUGGGCCUGGUUAUUCCUCUUGUCACAUAUGGAGUGGUAGGAGAUGGAAGAGGGAGAGAGAAAGGGCAAGCUCAGGAGAGCUCGGGCACGGAGGUAAGUGGCCUUAGCUGUCUGAGCCAUUGGGCCCCUCUGCAGAGGGGCACCUGAGCCCAGCCCAACCACCCCUAACAUGCACCCCUCACCCUGCAGGCCUCUCAAAGAGUCCAAGCCCUUUUUCCAUGACACCGACCAAUGACAGGGUCUUUCUAAUACAGGCAAUACUCACAUUCCCACUGGGAAAGGGAGAAUAAGACUUGAUCCCUAUGGGGUUAUAUGAGAGAAAGGCAGGAAAGCAAGAGCCCUGGUGGCUCUCAGCAGCAGGUGUGUUGUCCAGGAAAAGAAAUUUGGCCAAUCAGGAACUGAAAAACCCACCAAUCUAAAACCAGAACCCGAUCUCUGUGCCUCUUCUGCAGAAACAAAAAAUGUCCUGCCAGAUUUCUCUUAGGAAAAAAGACCUGUUCCCCUCCCAUCCAGGUUUCCCAUCUCCUAGAAAAAGAUGGAUCCCCCUGUUGUAAUCCUCCCUGCGGUGUGUGUGGGUGGAGGAGCUGGGCUCUGCUAGUGGACCAUGGUCCAGGUAGGGGCUCCACGUUCAGUGCGGGUGGGAGGAGAAGCGUCACUUCCGGGAGCCUUCACCGGUAUCUGGUGGCUCCCUGCUCUCUGAUUGGGCAGAAGUGUCCCGGGGCAGGCCUGUGACCCUACUGCUGUGGAGGGGCUGUGCCCCAACACUAUGCGUCUUCCUACCCAUCGGAUCCCCAGAGUGCUGCCUGCUAUGCACCUGGGUCCUGGAGCCCUUCUCCACCGGCCCCACAUCAGAGUCACUGAGGAACCCUAACAAAGAGGAGACACUAUAUGCUGCAGUCACAAGGAGACCCAGGAGCAGAGCUUCCGCAGUUCCAGAAUAGAUUCCAGACCCUCUUCCUCAGCCCACCUGUGCCCCACUGUGCAAGAAGUGCCAGAGCCCAAACCGCCUCCAUGGCCCCAGGAAGGAUUCAGGGGAGAGGCCCCAACCAGGGAGCCACUCCUACCAGACAGCCAGGCCAGAAUGGAGCUGACUGGUCUGGGUCCUAAAUGGGAAUUCCUAGACUAGCACCUGACAAUGGUUUCUUCCUCAUCCACUCUUUCAACCUCACUUCUCCUCACCUAAGAGCUGCUCCUCGUGGUCAUGCUUCUCCUAACUGCAAGACUGGAUCCAUGCCUCCCAGCUCCUCCUGCCUGUGACCCCCGUCUCCUAAAUAAAAUGCUUCGUGACUCCCAUGUACUUCACAGCAGAUUGAGCCAGUGUCCAGACAUUUACCCUUUGUCCACACCCGUCCUGCUGCCUGCUGUGGACUUUAGCUUGGGAGAAUGGAAAACCCAGAAGGAGCAGACCAAGGCACAGGACGUUUUGGGAGCUGUAGCCCUUCUGCUAGAUGGCGUCCUGGCAGCGCGGGGACAACUGGGACCCUCCUGCCUCUCUUCCCUUCUGGGACAGCUUUCUGGACAGGUCCGCCUCCUCCUUGGGGCCCUGCAGGGCCUCCUUGGAACCCAGCUUCCUCCACAGGGCAGGACCACAACUCACAAGGAUCCCAAUGCCAUAUUCCUGAGCUUCCAACAACUGCUCCGAGGAAAGGUGCGCUUCCUGCUGCUUGUAGCAGGGCCCACCCUCUGUGCCAAGCAGAGCCAACCCACUACAGCUGUCCCAACCAAUACCUCCCUAUUCCUCACACUGCGCAAGCUCCCAAACAGGACUUCUGGGUUGUUGGAGACAAACUCCAGCAUCUCAGCCAGAACUACUGGCUCUGGACUUCUGAAGAGGCUGCAGGGAUUCAGAGCCAAGAUUCCUGGUCUGCUGAACCAAACCUCCAGGUCCCUAAACCAAACCCCUGGACACCUGAGCAGGACACAUGGACCCUUGAAUGGAACUCAUGGACUCCUUCCUGGACUCUCACUCACGGCCCUAGGAGCCCCAGACAUCCCUCCAGGAACUUCAGAUAUGGACGCCCUGCCACCCAACCUCUGGCCCAGAUACUCUCCUUCCCCAAUCCAUCCUCCUCCUGGGCAAUACACACUCUUCUCCCCUUUACCCACCUCGCCCACCCCCCAGAACCCGCUCCAACCUCCACCUCCUGACCCCUCCGCGACAGCCAACUCUACCAGUCCUCUUCUAAUUGCAGCCCACCCUCACUUCCAGAAUCUGUCUCAGGAGGAGUAAGGUACUCUAGCCCUGCCACCAUCAGCACUGUCUCCAUUGCAAAGUUCCCUUUCCAGGAGGGGAGGCCCUGGGAGUCAAGUUAUACCAGAUUUCCUUUCACCUGAAACCCAAAGCCCUGCUAAAGGGGGAUACACGGGACAGAAAAGGGGAUUUUUCACUGUAUAUUGUAAAACUUCAGAAGCUAUUUUUUUUAAGCUAUCAAUAAUAUUCACCAGAGCAGCUAGUUAUCUUUGGUCUAUUUUCUGCACAAAUUUACAGCUUACUAAUUCUCUACAUGCUCUUUUUCCUAUGAUAAUUCUGCAAAGGGCUAGACCAGCCUAGCUUCUGAACAGAGGCAGAGACUAACCUUAUGGCAGAAAACAGGGGAAAAAGAGCUUUGGUUUUCUACUCAGAACUAAGGUUAGUCUCUUUAUUCCCUUUACUAUCAUUCUCAGUCAGUGGGACUCUGAUCUUCUUUCCUUAGGAGAUUUUUACUCUUGAAAAACGAAUGAAAAAUUGUUUCUCAGAAAAGCUGUCUCUACACAAUCAACAAAACUGAACCUGUAUAAAUAAAGAAUAAAUAAGAACACCCGGAAGCUAACUGAAAAGCAAGGGAAAGAUGUUCUUCAGGGGGCAAUAGAUCUCCCCCUUCCCUCCCCUCCAAAAAAAGUUAACAGGAAGCCUCAGAGAGCCUCACACCCCAGGUAAGGCUGUGCAGACAGUUCAGUCAAGACAAAACCUGGAUGUGACAGCUGAGCAAACAGCGAGAGCUUCAGCAGCUCAGCAGGAAGCUUCACCAGGCACGGGUUCCUGCCUCCCUCCUGUGGAGGUCAGGGGGAAGUGCAGGAAGCGGCAAGAGCCAGUCUCCUAGGGCUCACACAGCGGGAGGGACAAGUGCAAGUUGAAGGCUCAUUUCCCAAUUCCCAGAAGUCCACAGUAUCUAAGAUGCAGCCCUUUGUGACCACCAUGAACUCUGCUAAGGAUUCUCUAGAGAAGAAGCCAGGCUUACAGGUCUUGGGUCUCUGCAAACAAAUGCCCCCAUGGUGCUUAGGGAAAGGUUUAAAUUGCCCGCAAGCAAAAACUCCAUUGCAAAGGUCAACCCUACCUCCAGAUGCUCCUGUAGGAAAACUAACAGAAGGUUUUUUCCUCUUCCCUCCCUCCACGUCCCCAAAGGAGAGAAAAACUACCAUGUGGGUAAAAGAGCUGAGAUCCCAGAGUUUCAAACACUGCCACAAAUACCCCACGAUCACUAAAGGUAUCCCAAAAUAGAAGAAUGAAAGCCAGUGUGCCAGGAACCUCCUGCAGGUUACCUUUUAGAGCACUCACACACCUCUACCAGGUUGGGAUGAUACCAGUCUGAGAGAAGCCAGACAUGUUCUCAAUGCUCACAGCCAGUGAGCAAAAGAAACAGCCUGGGCUGACUAGAGCCUGUACUGUCCCCAGUGUGGUGCACUGUGCAAUAGAUCACUCAGUAAUUCUACUUAUUAGAAAAGAUGUCCAAGUCCUGAGGGAGGAAAUACACCAACAAUUAGAGUUCUGAGUAGAAAACCAAAGCUCGUGGACGAGGGUGACCAAUUUAGACAUCUCCAGGUGUCCUUCUCUCCCAUCAUGGCAGAACGGUUGCCACGGAGAAGGAAUCGACAAAUGCACAAAGCUCAAAAGUGUUCAAAUCUCAGUGUGUCAGUUUUUGCAUGAGUAUAGUUCUUCCACACUAUAAAUUCCAGCACCUGGUCAAGGGAACUGUAAGUGGAAAUUGUAAUUUACUGAAAUACUAAACUAAGCUAAACGUAAUGAUCAAAUGAAGAACUUUAUGGCACAUGAAAAGAGUCAGCACCCAGAACAAGAUAUGCCAAAGGGACCAAAAGGAAAGGCUUUCAGGGUUCUCAGCAAUCAGAUGAGAGACAAGGACAGCAAAACUGCAAUAAGUAUAUGGCCAGUAAGUUCCGGGCAUCCUGUAUUGGCACUUGACUCACUUUAGGGCAAAUGCAAGUUAACUCAUGGGCUUCUCCAGUGAGAACUAAUCUGUCCCUGUUGAGACUUUAACUAACCCUUCCCAAAACUUCCUCAGGCUGAUUCUAUCCCUUCUUCCCUUUACACAAAAAGCAAGACUGUUAAAACCAGAAAACUCUUCUCUAUUCAACUGCAUGCCAGUUCUCUCUUCUGCUACCCCGGGGCAGCCAGGAUAGCAUGCUAUGCUACCCCACAAACUACCACUGGUAAUUAGGUUCUCUGACUCUUACCUAAAUCCAUCUUUCUCCAACACCCCCAAAAAUCUGACUCCAUGUAAAAGUCCUAGGAUUCCAUAAAAAUUCAUCCCAACCCCCACUGCUUCUUCUAUUCCCCUCCCACAUAGUAAACCAAAGAAACACCUUUUCUUCCCCCCUGUAGAGAUCAUUCAUUUUCAACCCAUUUCCCUAAAUACUGUUUCUAACACCUCAUGUAAAGACCUGAAAAUGAUGGGGAAGGAAAUAUCCCCGGGCAUCCCAGCAGGGGGACAGGCCCCCAAGGCAAAGUCAGGAGAUCAAAAGAGAAAACUGCUUAAUACACAUUCUCAAAGAGAAAACUGCUUAAUACACAUUCAAAAUCUUUCUGGAUUGCCACCCUGAAUUUCCCAAGGGAACUCAGAGUCCAGUAUACUUUCUCAGAGACCUCAAAAGCCAGGCUGGAGAGCCAGUUCAUAUGCUGGAGUGCUAGUAGGCAUCACCACUUCCGCAAUUUUGUUCUUGCCCAGUUAUAAGUUAGUGACUGUAAUCAGGCUGCUCCAUUGUCCUGGGUACUGGCAUCAGACUGCCAACCUCAUUGGUAUUGCUGCCCUGUCCAGUUCACUGGUCUGUGCAGCAGCCGCCUGUUCAGCAUCACUGGUAAGAACCCCCACCACUUACCCUCCCUCCAGGUCACCUAUGAAAUGUAGAACAGACACCUAGCUCCUCCACCUGUUCCUAUACCCACCAAAUCUGCUCUUCCUAUUCUCUUCAUAGUAGCAUCCCAAGCCAGGAUCUAAAAGCCUCCAUCCAAAGCUUCCACAAAAAUGAUGAACAUUUCCAGGCUGUGCAAGUGACUCAUUCAAAUCAACGUGAUCUGACUUCCUAAGAGACUGGAAGUGUUGCAAGGACACAAGCGGGGCUCCUUGCCAAUUCAAAAUUCUAUGCCAAAUGGGUGGUAUCUUCCGGGGCUGGGGUGCCCUCAAGAGCCAAAAGCACAGUACUCUCUCUCCCAGAUAGAAAAUCACAUUGGAGGAUAAAUAUUGGGGAUAGUAAACCAAGAGGCUGAGACAACCCUAAACCCAGAUACCAGGAAGCCAGAAUAGAUUCUACAUUGACAUGUGAUCACCUGGCUGUGGGCCAGAAAUAGAAUAUACCACAGGCAAAUUGGGAAAAAAAAUGAUUUUAGGGUAAUGGAAAAGAUUUUUUUUUAAAGGUGGAGAAAAGAGUCUGAAAAAGCAAAGUUUAAUUAAAAAAUCAUAUACACAAAACAACUUCUGAUUCGUUUUAAGCUCUCCCACUGGGUCUUUCACAGGCAAGUUUCCC